CCUGGUACGCAUACCUAGAUAUAAAUAUUAUCAUUGUAAUUGAAUAAUGCAGCUGAUAAGUGAUAGAGAAAGAGUUUCAUAGCAUUUAAUUGAGAUGUAGUAAUAUUUUUUUUACCAUAGAGUUAUUACUAGUAUUGACAGUGGUACCUGAAAGUUUAAAUUUGUUAACAGUAUUCAGUAUAGGAUACCUACCUGCAACUUUUCACCAACAAAAUACCUAUUAACAUCUCAGUUUAUACUUACGUAGUGUAUGUUUGAUUAUACCUGCCUACUCUUAAUUAAUAGCGAAGACGAAUCAACGAAAUGAAAAACAUUUGCAUGCAUAUUCAAUACUACAUGAUUAUUUUGACUAUCUUGAAUUUCAAUGCAACAUUCAUCAACGCUAUUAGAAUAUUGGGUUUAUUUGCCUACCCUGCCAAAAGUCAUUUCACCUUCAAUAAUGCAGUUUUGAGAAGUUUAGCGAAUGCUGGCCACGACGUUACCGUAUUUACUUCAUUUCCCCAAGAUGUUGCGGGUGAAAAUUACACCAGGGUAAUUGAUACAUCGAAUGAAUUUUCUAUUCAAGUGGCAAAUACAACUUACGACGAGUUUAGCAAAUUCAGCGCUUAUUCUAUUUUAACGGUGGCGUUUAAUCAUGAAAAACCGUUGUGCGAAAAGCUCUGGAAUAGGAAAGAGAUUCAGGAUAUGAUGAACUCAAAAGAGAAACUUUUCGAUGUAAUUUUCGUCGAAAUUUUUUUCGUCUAUAAAUGUAUGCUACCCUUGGCCCAUAAAAUGAAAAUCCCUGUCAUCGGAACGACUACAUAUAAAUCGUGGAUACCCAGUGAUAUUGCUGCCAAUAAUCCAAAUCAUCCGGCUUAUAUUCCCUACGAAUCGAGCAUAUCAUGGAACCCGAAUAAUUUCUACGAACGUUUACGAAAUGUCUGGAAUUAUCUGACGGUGUAUUAUUACUGGAAUUUCAUCACUGUUCCUUUUUUGCAACAGUUUCAUCAAGAUAAUUUUCAGCAAGUGAUGCCCUUUGCUGAUUACAUGAGUAUGGUACCUUCGGUGAUUUUUUGCAAUGCGCAUCAUUCCUUUGUGAGCAGACCAAUGAAUCCGAAUGUCAUCGAAGUGGGCGGAAUUCAUAUUAAACCUCCGAAAUUACUUCCUAAAAAUAUUGAAAAAUUCAUCGAAGACGCCCCAAAUGGAGUCAUUCUCUUCACAUUUGGAUCCCUGAUAAAAACAGCAUCUAUACCAAAUGAAAUUAUGACAAUUAUUCUACAAGCAUUCGCUCAAAUCCCACAAAGAGUAAUCAUGAAAUACGAAAUUCCGCUAAAAAAUGUGCCUGAAAAUGUUAUGGUAUUGAAUUGGUUACCUCAAAGGGACAUACUCGAGCACAAUAACGUCAUCGCAUUCAUCAGUCAUUGUGGCCAAGGAGGGGUAAAUGAAGCAAUUUACACUGCCACUCCAAUUUUAGCAAUUCCUUUUAUGUUCGAUCAACGUGUAAAUGCGAUAUACUUGGAACGGCAUGGAGUUGCAGUUCAAUUAGAGUUGGAACAAAUAACGAAAUCAACCUUCUUGGAGGCUUUAAACAACAUCGUCAAUGAUACGAAAUAUCGAGAUAACAUGCAAAUAUUGUCAAAAGAGUUCAAAGAUCGACCCAUAUCGCCUCAACAAAGCGUCGUGUACUGGACAGAGUAUGUUGUUAGACACAAUAGUGCUCCUCAUUUAAAUCCAAUUUCGAAUGAAUUAAGUUGGUUUCAAUAUUUAUUAAUCGAUGUGAUAAUUUUCGUAUUGUUAUUUGUGAUUAUUGUCGUUUAUAUUUUACAUACCUUACUGAAGAACUUUCGUCGAAAUGUAUUGAAAUUAUGGAAAAUUUCGUGUAAAAUUUAUUUGAAAAAAAAUGAUUGAAUGUGAAAAAUUUUUCAAUUGAAAAUUCUAUUAGGUACUUAAUGUGGGCGUGAGAUUUGACGAGCACAUUGCACAAGUACAUAUCACUAUUGUUGGAAUUACAGAGUCGCUCCCGAAUUAUAUGUAGCGUACCUAUACUUUUUGAGUAAUGAUAAUUGUAGGAGCAGUUUACUAACUUUAUAAUUAAAUUUUUCGAAGUAUGCAACGAAAUUACAUGUGAUAUGUAAGUAAACUUUUCAUCGCGUAUCUUUUAGAAGAAAUCCUCGUUGAUGAGGUACAUGCUAUGCAUUGUGUUGUUUUAUUUUUUAACGCUAGUGUCAGUGUGUAAGACGAUUAUUUACUAGACACGAAAUAAAUUUUGUUGAAAAGUCAA